AUGCCGUUUGUUGACAACACGCGCAGUGAGGUGGACGCGUCGUUUGCGAAAAUCGCAAAUGCUGACAUUGACACGCUUCUCAAACAACUCACACAAGAUGAGAAAGUUUCCCUUUUGACAGGCGAUGACUUUUGGCAUACCGUUCCCAUUCCUCGACUGGAUAUUCCCUCAAUCCGAGUUUCCGAUGGUCCUAAUGGAGUCCGUGGGACUCGAUUCUUCAGCAGUGUUCCCGCGGCAUGUCUACCAUGCGGCACUGCGAUCGGUGCCACAUUCGAUCGAAACCUGGCGGUGAAGAUUGGACAUUUGCUCGCCGCCGAAGCAAAAGCUAAAGGUGCGCAUGUUAUCCUUGGUCCAACAAUAAACAUUGCGCGAGGUCCACUAGGAGGAAGAGGGUUCGAGUCCUACUCUGAAGAUCCUGUGCUGUCGGGAAUUCUAGCAGGUCACUACUGCAAAGGACUCAAGGAAAAGAACAUCAGUGCCACCCUCAAGCACUUCGUUUGCAAUGACCAAGAGCAUGAGCGCAUGGCUGUUAGCUCAAUUGUUACUGAUCGGGCGCUGAGGGAGAUCUAUCUGCUUCCUUUCCAGAUUGCCAUUGCUCUCGGAGCCCCAGAUGCCGUUAUGACAGCAUAUAACAAAGUCAAUGGUGUACAUGCGGCGGAGAACAAGAACUUGCUGCAAGACAUUCUCCGCGGUGAAUGGGGAUGGGAUGGUCUGGUAAUGAGUGACUGGUUCGGAACAUACAGCACCUCCGAAGCCAUUGUCGCCGGUCUCGAUUUAGAGAUGCCCGGCCCUCCAAGAUGGCGCGGUGCUGCAUUGACUCAUGCAAUCACUUCCAACAAAAUUCCCAUCGCUGCGGUAAAUGAUCGAGUUCGCGCAGUCCUCAAACUCGUUCAAAAGGCAAGCAAGUCUGGUAUCCCCGAGCGGGCUUUGGAAUCUCAGUUGAACCAGCCCGAAGACCGGGCGCUGUUAAGAAAAUUUGCUUCCGAGGCCAUUGUGCUGUUAAAGAACAAUGAUGAUACUCUUCCGUUCGAUAAGAGCAAGAAAGUGGCUAUCAUCGGGCCCAAUUCUAAGAUUGCCACAUAUUGUGGAGGCGGCAGCGCGGCAUUGAAUCCAUACUAUGCCGUGACACCCUUCGAAGGCAUUUCGGCGUCAGCGCAAGGUGCUGUAGAUUUCGCGCAGGGAAUCUACGGUCAUCAGAUGCUACCCCUGCUCGGAAAACGUCUUUCUACCGAAAAGGGUCUUGCUGGGUUUGUUUUGAACAUCUUCAACGAUCCACCGAGCCUGACGACCAGAGUGCCUCUCGAAGAAAGGCACGAAACUGAUUCAAUGAUCCUCUUCAUGGAUUAUCAGCACCCUGAUUUGAAAACAAUCUGGUACGCAGAUGCGGAGGGAUACUUUGUCCCCGAGGAAUCUGGCACAUAUGAUUUCGGUCUCACUGUUCAAGGCACAGGAAAACUGUUUGUCAAUGGCGAGCUUCUCAUAAAUAAUGCCGAUGUACAAAGACCAGGGAGCAGCUUUUUCGGCAACGGCACGCUGGAGGAGACGGCAUCCCUGCAACUUGAGGCUGGCAAGAGAUAUCACGUUCUUGUACAGUGGGGAUGUGACAAGACUGCCACGUUCAAGGUUCCAGGCGUGGUCGAUUUCGGACACGGUGGAUUCCGGUUCGGUGCCUGCAAACGCCUUUCGCCCCAGGAGGGUAUCGCUGAAGCAGUAAAAUUGGCUUCAGAGGUUGACCAAGUUAUUUUGGUUGCAGGAUUGAGUGCUGAAUGGGAAUCAGAAGGAGAAGAUAGAUCCCACAUGGACCUGCCGCCGCACACUGAUGACUUGAUCUCUCAAGUUCUGAACGUCAACCCCAACACAGCUAUUGUUAUCCAAAGUGGUACCCCUGUGGAGAUGCCUUGGGCUCAUAAAGCCAAGGCCAUUGUUCAUGCAUGGUAUGGAGGAAAUGAAACAGGAAACGGCAUCGCUGAUGUUAUCUUCGGCGAUGUGAAUCCGUCCGGAAAGCUUCCCCUCACGUUUCCUCGACGUCUCAAGGACAACCCAACCUUCUUCAACUACCGAUCCGAGGGCGGUCGAGUCUUGUAUGGAGAGGACGUGUAUGUGGGAUACCGAUACUACGAUGGGCUGGAAGUCGAUACACUAUUCCCCUUCGGCCACGGUCUUUCCUACACCACAUUCGAGCUCUCGGAUCUUGAACUGCUCGCGGACUCAGAAAGACUUUUGCAGAUCAAGUGCAAGGUGCGAAACACCGGCUCAAGGUCUGGUGCAGAGGUGAUACAAGUAUAUGUGGCUCCUAUCUCACCACCCAUCAAGCGGCCUGUGAAGGAGCUCAAGGAGUUCCGUAAAAUUUUCCUCGAGGCCUCGGCGCAAAGCACGGUAUCUAUCCCCAUGGAUUUGGUUCGUGCAACAAGCUUCUGGGAUGAGAAGUCUGGUAACUGGUGCAGUCACAGUGGGGCCUACAACGUUAUGGUGGGAACAAGCAGCCGUGGGGUCUUCCUGGAGCGCACCGUGGAGGUUGGCGAGACUGUAUUUUGGUCCGGACCUUGGGAGGUUCCGACAUGA